AUGAAUGGAAGCAUCUUUUUUUACCCCAUAAGUGGUGGGCAAAUUGACUGCGUGACACUCAUCUCCCCGCCGAGAUUACCUGAUGACCCACUCCCAACUCUCGUCAACAUCGUGUCCGCAUUCCAGACCCUCGCCCGCGACGCCCAGCCUGGCGACUUCAUCUACAUUCACUACUCAGGCCACGGCACCCGCCUGCCGACCGCCUCCCGCGAACUCAAGGGCGAGAACGUGCCCUUUGACGAGUGCCUGGUACUUUCCCGCAGCGACGGCAAGCUGGACUACCUCCGUGAUGUCGAAAUUGCCUUUCUCCUGAAGCAGAUAGCCGACAAGGGCGCAACCGUCACCUUCUUGCUCGACUGCUGCCACUCAGGCGGGGCCACGAGGGACGACGACUUGGGGGGCUUGCCCUCGGACGUCGGCGACGACGGGGGCCGUGGCGGGAGCGUGAUGCAGCACUGGAUGACGGCAUCUAAGGGCAUCAACUUUCUCGCUGCGUGCCGGCCGGAGCAGAAGGCGCAGGAGGUGCCUCGCGAAGCGACGAUGCGGAAGGGAUUGUUCACGGACUGCCUCGCCAGUGUCAUCAACGACCAAGACGGAGGGGCAGAUCAGCUCAGGUCAGGGGAGCAGGACGUUGUGUUUGGCGGCCGGAGCGACUGUCAUUUCUUCGGUGUUGAGACUGUGAUGCAGCCCGCCGUGGUUAUCAGCACCGUCGAGACGUUGUUUAGCGCCGGAAAACUCAAGCGCACACCCAAUCAAUCGAAUGCAGCCAACCUCGAGCAGGUCAAGGUCGGCUGCAUAGCUGUUAGUCUGCGCGGCAUCUUGAAGGACCAAGUCCUCCAACCUAAGGGAGUGUGGGUAUCAGCUGCGGACAACAGCGCUGAGCCACCUGAUCCAGUAGUCCAGAAAGUCCGAGACUGCAUCAGACGCGAGAGCAGGCUCGUCGAGCUCAAAGGCGCUGACGGGGCCUUCUUCAAGGUUCUGGUGCAAAAAGAUGGCACAUUCACCAUUUCUUACAACUCGACGGACCCGGAGCCGUCGCGGCGGGUAACGCGCACGUAUCCGAUGCCGCGGGAGUCACCGAUCAUGACGUCGCCCAACACGGCGACUCGCUUCUUCAACAAAAUGUCGCCAUCGGAGAGGGUGUGCAACGCUGACCAACCCGAUACGUUUGACCGGUUUGUCGUGCUGGCGACGUCAAGGGAUGGGCUUAAUUUUCCUACGGAUGUUCUUCCGACGUUGACGCGGGGCAGGAGAGGGGGACAUGCGGGUGGUGGCAGGGCACUGCCUGUUUGGGGCCUGUCGAUGAGAAUGGCGGGAGGGCCAGCGUCGGGGUGGCUCAGCCUGGGUGGCUUGUGCAGCAGUUGGAUGUGCGGGUGGUUGCAGAGGAGCCUGUUGAAUAUUCCUAGCGAGAAGUGCAACCGCAAUUGA